AUGCGAACCCUGACCGAGACGAGAUCCCGAUGGCAAGCCACAUUCCAACACGGCUCCGCCAUCGCUGACCUCCAACGGGCCGUCAAAUUCCACAACGGCCCCGGAGACACCACCACCCGGAACCGAAGCCAAAGCCCCUGCACCGCCGGUCUACGCUCCCUCUGCUGGAAAGCCUUCCUCCUCUGGCGUGAUAUCCCCCCCUCCGAUACCACCCAAUGGCUCACCCACACCCGCGCAGCCCGCACUUCCUACACAGCUCUCAGCACACAACACCUCCAAUUCCUGCGCGUGCACGACCCUCAACAGCGCGCCGCGCUCCUCUCAGCGCACUUCGACCCCUUAGCCGACGACCCCGACUCGCCGUGGGCCUCCGUACGGCGGGACGAAGCCGUGCGGGCCGAGAUCGCGCAGGAUGUGCGUCGGUUACCCGAGACGCCCGCGUGGUACCAUGAGCCGGCUGUGCAGGCGAUGAUGGUGGAUAUGCUGUUUUUGUAUUGUUGUAAGGUGAAUCCCGGGUUGGGCGGGUAUCGGCAGGGGAUGCAUGAGGUGCUGGCGCCGGUUUUGUGGGUGGUUGCGCAGGAUGCGGUGGAACGGGGGGCGGUUGUUGAGGCUGCGGCUGUGGAAGCAGCGGCUGGGAGGGGGGAUGCAGGCGAGGCGGAGGAGUUGUUGGUGAUGGGGGAGGUGUUGGAUUCGGAGUUUGUGGAGCAUGAUGCGUUUGCGUUGUUUGUGAAGGUCAUGGAGAGCGCGAGUGCGUUUUAUGAGGUUGACAACGGGUCGAUAUCGGAGACGGGGGAAGGGCAGCAGCAGCAACAGCAGCAGAGCAACAGCAUUGUUGAGCGGAGUAAGUACAUUCAUGAGGUGGCGCUCAUGAAGAUUGAUGAGGAGUUGGCGGUGCAUCUCAAGACGAUCGAGGUGUUGCCGCAGAUCUUUCUGAUCCGGUGGAUUCGACUAUUGUUCGGCCGAGAGUUUGAGUUUGAGCAGCUGCUCACCCUGUGGGACACGCUAUUUGCGUUUGACCCGUCGCUAGAACUCGUCAAUCUGAUCUGUGUUGCGAUGCUUCUCCGCAUACGGUGGACUUUACUCGAGGCGGAUUACUCGGUGGCCCUCCAAUCCAUGCUCAAGUACCCGGCCCCUCCACCUCCCCACGGCCCUUACACCUUUGUCGAUGACGCGCUAUAUCUCAAAGAUCACUUUGACGCCGCGGGCGGCGUGACCCUAAUCUUCAAAUACACCGGCAAGAGCCCAGCCAACAGGCCCGUCAGUGCCCCAGCCGCGGCCCCAACACCACCACGCACCUCAACGCCGUCGUUCCAGAAACUCAACAGUCUACGACAGCGUACCAUGUCCGCCCGGGCCCCCCUAUCCACCUCCGCGAGGAUCCUCCAGCAACCCGGUGGUGUCGAGGCUCUCCUGCAGGGUGCUGCGAAGAACGUAAUGGAGCGCGGAGAGAAACUCGGCAUCAACCGAGCCGUACGUGACGCCGUGGGCGAGUUCCGCCGCAACGUACAGCAGGGGUUUCAGGAACCCCGCAGUCAGGGGUCUCGCAGUCCGGGGAAGAGCCGCCGCAGCAUGUUUGGCGAGAUCAGCCCGCCCUUCGCAGACGAACCUCCACUCACCAUUGCGCUGAUGGAACGGCGAAAUACCCGGCUGGCCGCCAUGCUGGACGAGUCCGUCACCGAGCUCAAGCGGCUGGCCACAUCCGGGUUUGUUGACGAAGGCGGGGAUGAGAAGGGCAACAGCAAAAAUCAUCGGGAAACGGUGGAGAUCGCGGCGGCCAAGGUGCAGUUUGUCAAGGCCUGUCUAGAGGAUUCUUCCCUCGCUUUACCCCCGGAGGAAGAACCAGAACUCCCCGCGAUCAGUGCCCUCGCCAUAUCCGCCUCCAGUCCGACAGAGAGCAACAGCGCGCCAACCGUGGCCCUCGACACAACGCCCGUCGUCAUGACCUCGUCAGCGGUGGAAGAGACUCGGACGGCCUUGUCCAGCCCGCGGUCAUCGUCGUCCAGGAUAUCCGUCACUUCUUUACCCAAGGAACCUCCUAUCGGAUCGUCUAGUACCCCACUCUUCCCUCAGUCCGACGCUAUGGAUACCGAUUCUCACGAGGUCAACGACGACGAAGAGGAGGGAGGCCAAGAUACCCUUUCGCCUCUCCAAUCCGAACUCACACACUCUCCACCACACUCUAUCCCCCGCGACAUCCUUCUUCCUGACGUCCUCCCCGAUGUCCUCCCCGAUAGCUCAGCCCAUCCCCCCAUCCCCAUCCAACCCACCACUUCCUCCACCUCCUCUCCCCCAUUAUUCCCUUCUUCCACUCUCAACACACCAAUACCGACGACUACUGCCACUACCACCGCUACCACCACAACGACUACUACAGCCCCAACCCGCCCAACAGGCCCCAUCCCAACCCGCUCCACCCUCGCCCAGUCCUCCUUCGCCUGGAUGCUCGAACCCGACACCACCUUCUCCUCUUCUUCUGCUUCCUCCUCGGCCUUUUCGUCUUCUAUCCUGACCCCGCCUGAGAGCAAUGUGGGUGGGUACAGCACAACCGAUGUGAUGGGGCAAAAGAAGAAACGGACGAAUCCCAGUAGAGAGCGGAAUGCGUUUUUGUUUGGGGAGGUUACGGGUAUGGGGGAUGAUGGGUUGUUAGGGGGCGUAGGCGUGGGUGAGGCCGGGAGGAGGAGGAAUGGGAGUGGGAAUGGGGUGUCGGCGGAUCAGAUUUUUGGGUUGCAGCCUAUUCGGAGGGGGUGA